GACGAGCUGCUCCUCGCCCUGCGCGAGGUGCGCGUCGCGGUGCCGCGCGGCGGCUCCCCCGCGUGCGACCGCUGGCUGGGCCCCGCCGGGGGCAUCUCGCUGGAGCUGGCGGCGGGGGACUCGCUGCUGAUCCAGGGGGAGAGUGGCUCCGGGAAGUCCUCGCUCCUGCGGGCGGUGGCGGGCCUGUGGGAGGAGGGCGUCGGGGAGAUCUGCCGCGGCCCGGGCGUGCUGUUCGUGCCGCAGACGCCCUACCUGCCGGCGGGCGAGCACGGCGUCCACGCCUCGCUGCGCGACCAGCUGCUGUACCCCGAGAGCCAGGCCUCCGAUGCCGCCCUGCGCGAGGCGCUCGACGCGGCCGGCCUCGGGCGCCUCGGCGGCGCCCUGGCGGAGGCGCACGACUGGGCGGCGGGCUCGCAGUGCUCGCGGGGGAGCGGCCGGGCCCGCGUGGGUGCGCGGAUGGAGAAGAACGGAUCGCCGGACGUCAGGGUGCCCACCCGUUGCAGCACCAAGGCUUGUGACCAUUCUGCCACGGUGCGCAUGUGA